GGCAGACGCGGGCCAAUGGCUACCUCGGAGCCCACCUUGAGGCCGGGGCGGGACGCCGGGCUGGCGUCACCAGGACAACGGGCGUCGCCAGCACCGUGUGACUCCCGGCUGUGGGCGCGCUCGCGGCCAUGGUUUUCUCAAACAACGAUGAUGGCCUCAUCAACAAAAAGUUGCCCAAGGAGCUCCUCCUAAGAAUAUUCUCCUUUCUGGAUAUCGUAACUCUAUGCCGAUGCGCACAGAUCUCCAAGGCCUGGAACGUCUUAGCCCUGGAUGGAAGCAACUGGCAAAGAAUAGAUCUUUUUAACUUUCAAACAGAUGUGGAGGGCCGGGUCGUGGAAAACAUCUCUAAGAGGUGCGGCGGCUUCCUGAGAAAGCUCAGCUUGCGCGGCUGCCUCGGUGUCGGGGACUCCUCCUUGAAGACCUUUGCACAGAACUGCCGAAACAUUGAACAUUUAAACCUCAAUGGCUGCACAAAAAUCACUGACAGCACGUGUUACAGCCUCAGCAGAUUCUGCCCCAAGCUGAAACACCUGGAUCUCACGUCCUGCGUGUCUAUCACCAACAGCUCCUUGAAAGGCAUCAGCGAGGGUUGCCGGAGCCUGGAGUAUCUGAACCUCUCCUGGUGUGACCAGAUCACAAAGGAAGGCAUCGAGGUGCUGGUGCGGGGCUGCCGGGGCCUGAAAGCCCUGCUCCUGAGAGGUUGCACCCAGUUAGAGGACGAAGCUCUGAAGCACAUCCAGAACCACUGCCACGAGCUCGUGAGCCUCAACCUGCAGUCCUGCUCGCGAAUCACUGACGAUGGCGUGGUGCAGAUCUGCAGGGGCUGCCACCGGCUGCGGGCCCUGUGCCUCUCAGGUUGCAGCACCCUCACAGAUGCGUCUCUCACAGCCCUGGGGCUCAACUGCCCCAGACUGCAAAUUUUGGAGGCUGCCCGAUGCUCCCAUCUGACUGAUGCAGGCUUUACACUCUUAGCUCGGAAUUGCCAUGACCUAGAGAAGAUGGAUCUUGAAGAGUGUGUCCUGAUCACCGACAACACUCUCAUCCAGCUCUCCAUCCACUGUCCCAAGCUGCAAGCCCUGAGCUUGUCCCACUGUGAGCUCAUCACGGAUGACGGGAUCCUACACCUGAGCAGCAGCACAUGUGGGCACGACAGGCUGAGGGUUCUGGAGCUGGACAACUGCCUCCUCGUCACUGACGCUGCGCUGGAGCACCUGGAGCACUGCCGGGGCUUGGAGCGCCUGGAGCUGUACGACUGCCAGCAGGUCACCCGUGCAGGCAUCAAGCGCAUGCGGCCUACUCCGUUUCCCAUCUCCUUCCAGGCUCAGCUUCCUCAUGUCAAAGUCCACGCCUACUUUGCUCCAGUCACCCCUCCACCAACAGUGGCAGGUAGUGGACACCGACUGUGCAGGUGUUGUGUUAUACUCUGACAGCAGCUGCAUAGGCCAGGAGCCCCACCCUCCAGACUGCUCCACCAUCUCCCCAUCGAGCUUCUCCGUGGGGAGAGCAUUACAGCUAAAAGCCUUCGGCAGAUUGCAGCAGCUGGUGAUGUUCACCUUAACCUUGCUAGGAAGCAAGCCAACCCAAGGCCUGUGUCGGUCACCACGUGGCAAGACCACACACGCAAC